ACAGUUUAAAAGCAUCACAUGCAGCAUGCAGCUUUUAAUAAGAAAGGAUUUCAGUUCAAACACACUACAGAAUAUUUGGUAGCAUGCUCUAUGAUCUGAUAUUUACAGCAAUCAAAAUAUACAACUUGUUUCGAAAUUCCAAGACAAACAGAGGGGCUGUCUGAAGGUCUGGGCACGUGAUGAGGUAUUAUUUUCUGUGUUUAAUUCCUCUUACCCUGAGCAACUCUCUUUCAGUGAGCUUGCAGUUCUAGUCUAAUGUUUUAAUCACGUGACACAUGCUAAAGAGCGACACCUACAACAGUCAUAGGUGACAUACCAGGUUGCAUUGUAAAACACAUCCUUUUACAGGUCUGAUUGGUGACCAUCCUCUAUGUAUUCUCUAUUUCCUGUAAAUCCCUUUGUAAACUGUGUUUAAGAAAGGGCUAUACAAAUAAAUAUCUCUUAUUAUUAUUUAUUGUUAUUACCCUUGAUACAACUCUAUGAGAAAAACAAUGUUGUUUAACAUGAAAAGGCAUUUGAUUAUGGAGCUGAGGAAUGCUUGCAAUUCAUAUUCCAGUCCUCUACUAGACCAGCCCAUUGGGCAAAGAUAACCCAGAGAGAUGGAGAAGUACUAAUGUAAAUGACAUUUGCAUGAGCUAUUUAAUGCUUUGAGAAAACUUGAGGCUUAAAGCCUUCAAAUAUGAAUACCGCGUUUUUAUACAAAUACCCUUUUAAAUCCAGUUUGCAAACAUCACCCAUUCGCAUACAACCUGCAGCCAAACUAUAAGCCUCAUUAUGAUAGGUGCAUGAUAGAAUGAAUUAGGGAAGAAGGAAAAAUGUGUGAUAUGACUGCUUGUUUUCACGUGCUAACGGUGGCAUUGCAGAUCACUGCAAACAGUGACCUAAAAACAACAACAAAAAAGCACGACAGGAGUCUUACUCACGAAUUACACAAUUCAUGGGUUUGGUCACUAUGGCAACAUACUUUAAAUAUACCAUAUUUGAUACAGCUGAAUAUGCCAUCCUCGUUGGUACUCUUCAGCUGUGUGCUUCCGCGGCAGACGCUCCAGAUGUGCUCAGGAGAGCGACAGGACAUGUAUUACUGCCGCAACUUUGCAAGCAGCGAGCGUCUAAAGAUGUGUGUCCCCUUCGUCGCCUCUUUGACGGCGCAUAAACACCGUGCGCGAGUGUAAACAAGUCAUUUUCACUGCAUUUGUUUCGUUUUUUUUUUUUAUCCCCUUCUUGCACAACUGCAUUUAAGCCUCAUUUCUUUUUUGAGACUUCACCGGGAUUCCGUUUGAAGCAGCCGACACUGCGUUGCCCUUUUAAGAGCUGCAUCUUUGCGGCCGCCCGUGACGUCAGGACAGUGCAGGACUCCAGCCUAUCCUCCCAAACCAUCAGGCGAUGGUCGUGGCACAGUCGCGCUUAUGGGCGAGCUAGACUUUUUUUCGCAGCGAUCGCCAAGGAAACACUCAACGCUGAAAUGAACCAGAGCCCGGCGGUCGCUGUGGAUUAAAACGGAAACUUUUACGAUGGCCGCGAACGGGGAAAAGUAGCCAAAAGCAGCGCCAGUAAGGAGACCCCCGGCGUGCAGCUGAAUGCAGACAGGGCUAGUAUGUAUGCGGCGAGCUGCACAAGACCCGACUGCAGUUUCUAACAUAAAGCUUUUUUAAACUAAAUCAGCCUCGAGGAACAUUUUCCGAGUUUUCCCGUUCCCGGUUUUAGUCACGAAGCGGUCAAAGCAGUUUUGAUCCUGUAGUAAUUAUGGCGGGGAAACUGACAUCGCAAGGCACGGGAAUAUUGCUGGCUACAGCCAACGUUGGAUCGCUCUUUGAAGACCCCGUCAACCUGCAGAAGACCUGGCUACGGGAGUUCUACCAGACGGUGCACACACACAAACCGCACUUUGUGGCGUUACACUGUCAAGAAGUGGGAGGGAAGAAUUAUGAAGAAUCGAUGACGCACGUGGACAGUUUCAUCAAAGAACUACUCUCCAGCGAUGCUAUGAAGGAGUACAGCAGAGCUCGGGUCUACCUCGAUGAGAACUACAAGUCCCAGGAGCAUUUCACAGCACUAGGGUGUUGCUACUUUAUACACGAAUCCUUGAAAAACAUCCACCAGUUUGAUUUCAAAGCCAAGAAGUUCAAGAAGGUGGUUGGCAAGGAGAUCUACUCAGACACUUUAGAGAGCACACCCAUGGUGGAGAAGGAGAAGUUUCCUCAAGACUACUUUCCUGAGUGCAAAUGGUCAAGAAAAGGUUUUAUCAGGACUCGCUGGGCUCUGGGGGACUGUGCAUUUGACCUGGUCAAUAUUCACCUGUUCCACGACGCCUCCAACCUGGUGGCCUGGGAGAACAGCCCUUCUGUUUACUCAGGCACGCGACAGAAAGCUCUCGGCUAUGUGCUGGACAGGAUCACAGAUCAGCGUUACGACAAGGUGCCAUAUUUUCUUUUCGGUGAUUUUAACUUCAGGCUGGACUCAAAGCAGGUCAUAGAGAGUCUGUGCUCCACAGCCACCAUGCAGACAGUACGAGCGGCAGACACCAAUGAAGUGGACAAACUCAUAUUCAGAGAGUCGGAUAAUGACCGCAAGGUUGUGCUGCAACUCGAAAAGAAACUUUUUAACUAUAUUGACCAGGAUGUUUUCCGGGAAAACAAUGGAACGCUGCUAUUAGAGUUUGACAAAGAGCUGUCUGUCUUUAAGGAACGCCUGCACGAGCUGGAGAUCUCCUUUCCUCCCAGCUAUCCGUACAGUGAGGACUGCAGUCAGGGGAAGCAGUACAUGAACACGCGAUGCCCCGCCUGGUGUGACCGCAUCCUCUUGUCCACUUCGGCCAGGGAACUGGUCUUAAAGCCAGAGACUGAGGAGAAGUCAAUAAUAUAUGACAAUAUAGGGCCCAAUGUCUGUAUGGGGGACCACAAGCCUGUUUUCCUGUCCUUUCGAUUAACAGCAGGGGCAGGUAAACCUAAUGCAAAUAAGCACAAGUGUUGUGUCGUGCAGUGAUGUGGGAAAUGGUGCCAAAGGGUGGAUAGGAUUUCACGACAAGCACCGCUGUGAGAAACUCCGAAACAGCUGGACAGACACUCCCACUCACUCUCACUCACUCACUCGCACACAGAAGACCCCGAUGAGACUUUUCAGCAGGACUGACCAGUCGUAGUGAAGCAAGUGCAUGCCGUUGUGGUUACUGAAAUGGCUGAUUGUGUCCAUAAGUGCUUCAAGUCCUAGAAUCAAGAAUCCCCACAGAACCCCAAACUGGCCACUGUUCACUCUUCAGAUACUGCGCAGUUUGGGACUUUUCCUCUCCAUGGACAAUCAAGCCCCCCUCCCUGAGCCCCAGAGCGUCUCCCUGGACACCGACACAGCACACAGGAGGGCCUUCCUUACUCGUCAUAGCCACGCUGCCGAAACUCUAAUAGAAACCCAGAAGUACUACAUAUUUUAAAGACCUUGCAACUUUUAAAUACGCCUCUCCAUAAUAGAAGCUACAAUAUCAAGUGUAAGAUGUUUUAAAAAGUGCAAUGCAAAAAAGGUUGUAUAUGUAUAGUGUUAGGUUUAUUUGUACAUUGGAUUAUUACAUAGUGGUGUGAACGGUUUUUAGUGCCGUUUCUUUCUCUUUGACCAGGUUUUGUGGUCUUUCUGCGUUAGAGUAGAUGGGUAUUUUCAGUUGAUUUCAGUGCAUUGUAUUAUUUCAAUUUUUUUCCCCCAUUUCUUUUUCGUGACGGUGAGAUCUGUUGUCGCUGACACGCGUGCACAGCACGUGCCAUCCCUCUUCUAUCCACGGUCUCAUUUUAUAUACUGUACUUUUUAAAGAGAUCAUUUAAGAUUCUUACCCAAAUUAUGCUGAGGUGUGAACAAAGCAAUGAUGUGGGGUGUACUGUAAAACAAGUCAGUAAGUACAUGUGCUUUAAAAAACACAAAACAACAACAGCAAAAAAAAACCAACUCCCACACCCACAGCUAAACCACAUGAAGUAUACCUUUUCAGUCAUGCGAUUCCUAUAGCCUGCCAGUACUUUUAACCAGUGCCAUAGACCAUGCAAGUAUAUAAGAUAUUCUUUCGUAUAGCAGCCUCACCUGAGUGUCAUUAUUAUUCUUAUUCUAACUUAUUUCUAUGUAAUAAUAAUAUGGUUCUGAAUGUGAUAUUUUAGGUAGGCUUGGUUAUCUUAAAGUAUGUUAAACUUUGUUUUAUUUUUGUUACUGCGUCGUGGUGCCAAGUAUUAUACACAGAUGAUGUGUGAGAUAACAUAUACAAUUUGUACAGUCAAUAGGAGGAAAAGAAUCACGCCCGCUCCGAAAAUCUAGCAGAGCUGUUCGUCGUCUUGUGUGUAGCCUUCUGCAGGGCUGCGCGGUAUCAUCGCCCGUUAGAGCUUUAAAUAGAGAUCUGGGCAGCUGUUGGUGGAACGAGACGUCGCCUUGCAUUGAUUUAAUUUAGUACACUACAGAGAUAACGGAGCGCGGAGCCGUUAGGAUGAGCUUUGAUUUUCUUUUCUCAUUUAAAUCACCGUAAGUGGGAAUGUAUGUCGUUUUUCCAGUGAUUUGGCUAGGCGAAUCUGCUCGUUAAUUCGUUUUCCUGCUGGUCACGUGAUAGGAGUCACUCCUUUCUGUAAGCGGAUAGAGAUUCAACUCCGAGGAUGGCGUUGCCUUCUCAAGCAAUAAAACCAUUAGAAGUGAA